AUGGCGUCCGGGAGUUCCGGACUGUUGGAUUUCUGGCUGGUGAAGCUGCUGCAAUCGGCCUUCUUCCCAGAAAGCCCAUACCUGACUGUGCGCAUCAUAUCCGGUGUUUUUGCUGCACUUGGCAUCGCUUUCGUUUUCCCCAUCAUCUCCUUGGUCGUCUUUGACGUCUGCCUCUGGAUCUGGCGACUCUACUCUGUCAACCGCAAUGCUUAUCUGCAGCGACAACAACAAGAACAACACCAGCAGCAGCUGUUGCGAGAACAGCGACGUGUGCUGAGGAAGCAGCAGGAGCAGGAGCAGCAAGAACAACACAGAUCAAAAACUUCCACAGGAAAACCACCAGCUACAUCAAAUAGCUGA